AUGCAGCUCAGAAACGCUGUUGCCACGCUGGCUAUUGCCAGUAUUGGUGGUGUCGAUGCAUUCUUCCGUAUCAACUGCGCUAAGGUUCAAGUCGGACGUAUUGAUCCUAUUGUCAACCCAGGUGCUUUAGCAGCACAUUGCCACACUAUCGUGGGUGGUUCAAAUAUUGGUGUCAAUGCCACUUUCGACAGCUUGUUCAAUUCACAAUGUACUUCUUGCGAGAUUUCGGCAGAUCACUCUGCUUACUGGACGCCAAACUUGUACUACCAGCACACGAACGGCUCUUUCGAGGAGGUCCCUCAUGGUGGAAGUGUUGUCUACUACCUGGGUCGUGGCCAGGCUGCCAGCAACAUCAUUUCAUUCCCCAAAGGAUUUCAGAUGCUGUCUGGUAAUAAGGCCUUGAGAGCUGCCAAUCAAUCCGGCAUGACUUGGGGAAAUGAAACUUACCCCAACAGGCCAAAAUCUGAUGCUAUCAGUUUUGCCUGCCUUGCCGAGGUACUUGGUCCAGAGACGCCUGGUUUGCCUGCUGAUCCUCGCACUUGUAUCAAUGGUCUCCGCGCGCAAGUCCACUUUCAGACUUGCUGGAAUGGUAAAGACUUGUACAAACCCGAUAACAGCCAUGUUGCCCACCUGUCACAGAUCGACAAUGGAGUUUGUCCUCCAGACUAUCCUUACAUGUUCCCUCAUCUGUUCCUUGAGACAAAUUACGCAGUCGCUCAAGUUUCCAAUUUGGAUGACGGUGGUCGCUUCGUCUUUUCUCAAGGCGAUGCCACUGGUUAUGGCUUCCACGGUGAUUUCCAGAAUGCCUGGAAUGAUACUGCGCUCAAGAGUGCCAUUAAUAACUGUCUCGUAGAUGGCCAAGACGAUUCUGGUACACUUGAUGACUGCGACGUGCUCCAUCCUUUCUGGAACCCAAACUUCUCCAAUAAUUGCCCUAUGCAGCCUCCUCAGAUCGGCGAGCGUACCGAGGGCAUGAUUGACAAGCUUCCUGGUUGUGUUCGCGUCACCACCGGUCCUGGAGCUGCCACAGCUGCUGACAUGGAGUGUGCGGCUGGUGUUCCUCAGGCCAGCAUUACCAGUACUGUUGACUCUACUCCCCAGCCUACAUACACGCCUUCUGCUGGUACCCUUUUCGGUAACAAGUUCAACAAGAUUGUGGGUUGUGGUAACGAUUCGUAUGUCAACAAUGGCUUCAGGAGUCUGAAUGCAGCAUACACAACCUUCCCAGGCCUCACUGUCGAAUACUGUCAAACCUAUUGCACCAAGCGUGGGUACCGCUACUCCGGAGUGGAGAAUGGAAACCAGUGUUACUGCGAUCUUGCCAUCAACCCCUCCACCAUCAUCACGGACCAGACAAACUUUUUGGCCGGCUGCAACAUUGUGUGUCCUGGCAACCGCACCGAGCUCUGCGGUGGAGCUUUCUACAUGUCCAUCUACAACAAUACCGAUCCAUCCUUCAAGCCCACAACCAACAUGGCCAAUUCGGUCAUCCAGCUUACCUACCCUGUGGCUCCCUUCAAUUCAACAUAUGUUGGUUGCGCGACUGAAGCCAAUGGCGCACGCACUUUGAACGGUACCUCCCUAGUCGACGCCAACAUGACCCUUUCCAAAUGUGCCAGCCUUGCCGCGAGUAACAACGCCGCCUUCUAUGGCCUGGAGAACAACGACGAGUGCUACACUGGUAAUGGACUAGCCUCUGGCGGCAAGAUCAUCGAUACUACCACCAACUACACACAAUCUUCAUGCUAUGGACGCUGCGCAGGAAACUUUUCGCAGAUCUGUGGUGGCCGUGGAGUGUUGAGUGUAUACAGCAAUCCUUUGUACAAGCCCGUGCAGGUUGUGCCUAGCGUAGGCAAAUACCAGAGCAAAGGAUGCUUAAAGGAACCCACCAGUGGAACUCGUGCUCUUACUGGAGCCAGUACCACUGAUCCUCUGAUGACAGUUGAGAAGUGUGUCAAGUUUUGCUUGGGCAAGCGUUUCAAGUAUGCUGGUAUCGAGUAUGGCCAACAGUGUUACUGCGGCUCGGGAAUCACUCAAGGCGCUGUUGCGACAAAGUGCGAUACUUCUUCUCUCAUGACUUGUCCUGGUAACCAGUUCGAGUUCUGUGGUGCUGGUAAUCUGCUCAAUCUCUACUACACAUCUGUCAUAUAA